UGAACCUUAUAAUGAAUUUUAUAACAAACCUUACGACAAACCUCACGAUGAACCUCACGAUGAACUUUUUAAUAACCAGGAGCUAGCAAAUAUGACUGGUUUAGAUGAAUUUGUGGAUAAUAAAUCAUUAACUUCAAUUGAAACUAACGCAACUAAUAA